AUGGUUCUUAUAAAUCACUGCAAUAAUAAUUCUAACAACACUUCUACAAAUAAUGGCGAUUUAUUAUUAUCCGCUUCUUCGGGACGACCAUUGCCACCAAAUUGGGAAAUCUCAUAUACUGAAAAUGGCGAAAAGUUUUUUAUUGAUCACAACACCGGCACAACAACAUGGGACGAUCCACGUGAAUCAAUAUCUACAACUCCCGCUACUUUAACUGCUGCUGAUUUUUAUGGAUGCGAUAUUGAAGAAACAAAUGUUGACAUUAAUGGAACAUUUUUUUAUGAGUGGGUUUUAAAUUUUUUAUAUUUUUCCUUUGUCUUUGGGAAUUAG